GUUGCGUUCGCACGAGUUGAGUCGCGGCGCAUCGUGUGACGUCAUCUAGAUGUUGGUGUUGUGUUGUGUUAUGGAAAUAGUGUGUUACAUACCACAUACAUACGUACUAAAUAAAAUCUUACUCCAAUUUGGUUUUUAAUGUACGUGUUAAGUGUUUAUUAAAGAAUGGCGGGUCGACAUAGAUGAGUGCAUAACCCAUGUCUUUGGUAGAAAUGGUUUAACCCGAAGACACCAGCUGUUCUGUAAAUAAUAAUGUCCCUGAAUUCAGAAAGAGAAGUUUGUGGUAAUAUGAUCGACGUGGGAAUGGACCAUAAAGAAAAUUUUCUCGAGUGUCAAAAAUCCUCAGAUUAUUUAUUCAUCUCAAACGACGAAAAAACCAUAGAGAACUCGAUGAUUGAAGAACAUUUUGAAAUGGUGAGGCAAGUUAAAACUGAAUUGGAGGAACCUCAAGUUUACUUUCAAGAAGCUCUUGAAACUUGCGAAGAAGUAACCGUUGAUUAUAAUGAUUCUUCUGUGUCUGUCCCACUUUCACCUCCGAUGUCCCCUAGAUCUGCAGCAAACGACAAAGACAAAUUGUCUAUGCAUUUGGAUUGUGAAGACGCCAAACGGUAUUACGUGGGAGAACGAGAAGCUGUACAGGAUGUAAUGGAUGAGGAUGAGGAAACAAUAGCAACAUUCAUAACAGCUGCUGGACAGCAACUUGCUCUUUAUGCUGUCGAAGACUCCGAAGAUGUAUUCGCUGUCGCCGUCUACGAUGAGUCUGGAGAACCACCCACAAAUUUUCAAUUUCUGAUGAAAUCCGAUGUAGAGAGAUUAAUAGGGGAAGGUGCUGUGAGAACAGUAAAAAAGCCUAAUCAAAUCAAAAGGCAGUUACUAACAACGCAGACGCCAGUAUUCACAUCCAGACAACAGCAAAUUCAGCACACUUCAAACCACGAUGAAUCUAUAUCUGAAGUGAAAUUUCGUCAGCAAAAAGCCUUACAACGGGCUUGUAACAAUAAUGCAGUAAUAAAUGAAAACUGUCAAACACUACUAGAUUCGAAUCGCGUCAGAGAAAAUUAUUCUCCGAAGCAGCCAAAUAAUGUUACUUAUCUUAUGAUGGAUGACGCUGCAAUGGGUGUGGUAAGCAAAUCAGGAGGUAGCCAAGAGUCUCUUGCAAGUGAGAGUGAAAUAGUUGAACAGUCGACAGUGCAAUAUAUUCUUUUAGAAGGCGAUCAGUCGGAUUCUGAAUUGACGUUUGAUGAAAUUCAAGCCACACUACAGGGUUUCAAUUUAUCGAAAAAUGGCAACAAAUCAGUUAAAAAGAAAAUAUUCGGUCACAAAUCUCCAGUGACUCAACGAAGUGAAAUACAACAUGUAGAUAAUACAAAUGACAUAAUCAAAUCUGAGACACAACCAAUUUUUAAUUCAAUUAAAAAUUGUUUGAACACAUCAAAUUAUAAUACUCCCACCAUAGAACGACAAAUUGAAACUAGAGUUAGCGAAAACUUUGAAGCAUUUGGAGAGGUUGGUUCAAGUACACUACCACGCAGUGUAACAUCUGAUACACCAGAACUUGGGCCAGGUGUAAGGGAAAAUACAAUUGAUAAAUUAUUAGAAAACACGUCCACCGCAUUUGUUGGCCCCAAAAUAAAUUCAAACGGUAUUGAUGGCAUUCAACAGUCAAUGAGUACAUUAGAACCAAACGUGCCUAAUCAAAAUAUUGAAAUACAACCUAGAAUAAAAAGGCCAAGAAAACAGCAACUUACCUCAGUCAACCGUGGUGACUCAGAGAUAAUUAUUCAACCGGCUCUAAUUGGAGCAGAAGAAGAAAAUAAUAAUAAAAAACGAGGGCGGCGGAAAAAAAAACCUGCACCAGACCCUGAUUAUAAUCCGCGGCCUAUCAGAUUAAAGAAAUCUAAAAAGGCAGCAAGGAAUCCCAAAGUGGAAAUAAUCGAAAUUGACAUAGAUGAAGAACACAGCUUGUCACAGGCAAAAAACGACAUUAUUGAGAUUACUAUUGAUGAUGGGAAAGAGAAAGGCUCAAGCGAUAAAGAAAACGAAAUUAUAAUGGUCAGAGACUCCGAUGAUGAGUCUCACGAUGCUCAGACAAAACCAAUACCUCCCGCUAUGCAGUGUGUACAUUGCUCACGAAACUUCCGGCAAAAAAGAGCACUUGAUACACACUCUAGGGUCUGUCCAAAAUUACGAAAUAAACUAAACAAGGCAAAUAUGAGCACACUUGAAAUGUCUGACUUAUUAAGUAAGGAUGAUUCGGACGUUAAACAAGUCGUUCAUAAAGAGUAUACAUGCAAAGUGUGCCAGGAGAAGUUCAAUGCCGUAGUUGUAUUAGCGAGGCACACACGUAUGGAACAUCCAAAGGCAUAUCGAAACAAGAGCAGUAAGGCUAGCGUAGAGGUGAAAUCAGUUGAAAAACCCAUCGACACGAUAAAGGAAACUAUUGAUAAAAGAAGAGUAACCCGAGUGAGUCAGAAAAAGAAAAUCCAAAGCUCAAACCAAACAUGGAGAUCAAAGAAACUGAAUUGCGACGAUUGCGGCCGAUGGUUUCCGAGUACCGCAAUACUCGCAGCGCAUUGUUUGCAACAUGCUACAAAAAAUUCUGAAAAACAAAUCCGUCAGUGCCACAUCUGUAAAAAGCUGAUUAAAACACGUUUAUUGUAUAUUCAGCACAUGAAGACGCACAUUAAAUCAACGAGAAAUACAAAACCUCCAACAACCGUACUACAGAAAAAAUUACGACAGCCAAGACAAGUUACAAGUAAAUUGACACCCGUUAAAAAACGAGGCCGUCCUCGGAAAUUUUGAUUCAAGUUUUAGUGUUACCAUCAACUUUACGCAGUUCGGAAAGGAAGUGUUUUCAUAUAAGAGAUACGUAACAACACUCCCCAAAUGCUGAAUUGCUAGUUACCUUGAAUAUCAAUUUGAUGCAAUUAAAUUCUACUUAUGUACAAAAUAUAUAGGUAUAGUAAUUUAUGAAUUCGAAUUGUUUGAUAACUAAUAAAAUAGUGGGACGUAGUUGCCCUGCAAUAUGUUGAAA